AUGGGUCGCGGCCCAGAGUCAGUGUCUGAACGCGGACUGCAAGGCACGGGCCGAAACAGCGGGCAUCAGCUGAAUCGAUCUCGCGGGUACCCGAAGAACCCGACCCGCGAUCAGCUGCUUUGUCUUCCUCACCCGAGAAUCUCGACAGGCCCUAAUCGCGGAACCCGACUGCCGUUGCUGAGACCGCCGUCUUCCGUUCGUCCUUGCGGUGCGUCUGUCCCUCUUGUUACGAAGUACCCCGGCGUUGGUUCGCUCCUACCUAAGAACUCACAAAGGUCCGAAGCCUCGCGACGUUUUCGAUUCCUCACCUCAAUCUUUCUGCUCCUCUCCCACAGGUUUUGGCUUCCCUGGAGUGGAGAUGAAAGUAAAAAUUUUGAGUGGCAUGCUGUUGCAUCAUGGACUUGGAAUGCUCAAGAUGAAACAUGUGGAAUUUGUAGGAUGGCUUUUGAUGGUUGUUGCCCUGAUUGCAAACUCCCCGGGGAUGAUUGCCCAUUGAUUUGGGGUGCAUGCAACCAUGCUUUCCAUCUUCAUUGCAUCCUUAAAUGGGUGAAUGCACAGACUUCUCAGGCUCAUUGCCCCAUGUGCCGCAGAGAAUGGCAAUUCAAGGGGUGAGAGCACAAUUGUAUUACUUUAUUUACGUUACAUUUGUCCAGCGCAUGACUUGAUUGAGAAUUGAAACAGAGCAUGUGUUUUCUCGUGUGCUUGAAUUUUUAAACACUUCUAGUUGGCUAUAUGGAAUGUGCAUGGUUGAAGUUCCAUCCUACCAGGUUUAGAUGAUAUGUGAAAAAAUCAUUAAACCCUU